GCGAGCUCAGCUGUGUGGAGCGCGCCGGGUCCGGGAGCCGGCGGCCUGAGGGAUGGACGAGACGAGCCCACUAGUGUCCCCCGAGCGGGCUCAACCCCCGGACUACACCUUCCCGUCCGGCUCGGGUGCGCACUUUCCGCAGGUGCCGGGGGGUGCAAUCCGAGUGGCGUCGGCGGCCGGUCCGGUCCCUUCUCCGCCGGGCUCGCCAGGCCACGACCGGGAACGGCAGCCGCUGCUGGAUCGGGCCCGGGGCGCGGCGGCCCAGAGCCAGACCCAAACCGUGGCGGCGCAGGCCCAAGCCCUGGCCGCCCAGGCCGCGGCGGCAGCACACGCCGCGCAGGCCCACUGCGAGCGGAACGAUUUUCCGGAGGACCCGGAGUUCGAGGUAGUGGUGCGGCAGGCCGAGGUGGCCAUCGAGCGCGGCAUCUUCCCCGAACGCAUCUACCAGGGCUCCAGUGGAAGCUACUUCGUCAAGGACUUUCAGGGGAAGAUUAUUGCUGUCUUCAAACCCAAGAAUGAAGAGCCUUAUGGACAACUAAAUCCUAAAUGGACCAAGUGGCUGCAAAAGCUGUGCUGUCCCUGCUGCUUUGGCCGUGACUGCCUUGUUCUGAACCAGGGCUAUCUUUCAGAGGCAGGGGCCAGCCUGGUCGAUCAAAAACUGGAACUCAACAUUGUACCCCGUACAAAGGUGGUAUACCUGGCCAGUGAGACCUUCAACUACAGUGCCAUUGACAGAGUGAAGUCCAGGGGCAAGCGGCUUGCAUUAGAGAAAGUGCCAAAAGUUGGGCAGCGGUUUAACCGCAUCGGGCUGCCACCAAAGGUUGGUUCAUUUCAGAUCUUUGUUGAAGGCUACAAAGAUGCAGACUACUGGCUACGGCGUUUUGAAGCAGAGCCUCUUCCCGAGAACACUAACCGGCAGCUACUGCUGCAGUUUGAGCGCUUAGUGGUGCUGGAUUACAUCAUCCGCAACACUGAUCGGGGCAACGACAACUGGCUGAUCAAAUACGACUGUCCCAUGGAUAGUUCUAGCUCUCGGGACGCAGACUGGGUGGUGGUGAAGGAGCCUGUUAUCAAAGUUGCUGCCAUAGACAAUGGGCUGGCUUUCCCCCUGAAGCAUCCUGACUCCUGGAGGGCAUACCCUUUUUACUGGGCCUGGUUACCCCAGGCAAAAGUACCAUUCUCUCAGGAGAUCAAAGAUCUGAUUCUUCCAAAGAUAUCGGACCCUAACUUCAUCAAGGAUUUAGAGGAGGACCUAUAUGAACUCUUCAAGAAAGAUCCUGGUUUUGACAGGGGUCAGUUUCACAAGCAGAUUGCUGUCAUGCGGGGACAGAUCCUAAACCUGUCCCAGGCCCUGAAAGACAACAAGAGUCCCCUGCACCUCGUCCAGAUGCCACCCGUGAUUGUUGAGACGGCCCGUUCCCACCAGCGGUCUGCUAGCGAGUCCUACACACAGAGCUUUCAGAGUCGGAAGCCCUUCUUUUCGUGGUGGUAGCCUGAGAGGCAGACAAAGGCUUAUUGUCUGAGACUUGGGCUGGGAGGAAGCCUGGGGAGUGGAUUGCAGGAAAAGCCCAAGAAGCUGGUAGAGAGCAGUGCCCUUAAGAGCCCUCCCUCUCUGCUCGCAACCUCCCUCAGGGCUUCUCCAAGCACUGGGAGAAGCACAAUCAGAGGGAUAGUCGCUUGGGCCCCUCUGAGUGCUGGGGAGGCUGGCACUCCAGGCAAGUUGUCCAGAUGCCUGGGAGGAGCAUCUCCCUUCUAGCAUCUCCUGAGGGCAGGAUGGGAAAUUCCCUUCCCUCCCUGUCACCCUGCUCUGUUGCAAUUCCUCAUUAUAUUCUGCAUCAGAAAAAAAAAUAAUAUAACAAAAAGAAAUUUAAACACUAGUUGCAAAGCCCGGGCAGAAUCCCUGAAUCUCUCAUAUCAGAAACCUCUAACCCAGACUUAUAUUCGCAUGGACCUUAUAUUCAGGUGCCUCACUGUCCUUCACUCCCAUGGACCAAUGCAGCUGGCUGACUCAAAAGACAACUGGUGAUGUGAAGUCCUGGGACAAAGCCACGCCUUUCCUUUGGUUUUUACCAAGUCUCUUCCCCUUCUUCCACCAGUGCAAUAGUGAAAGCCUCCAAACACAAUUCUCAUGGUGGGGGUGUUCUAGGCCUCCCAGCAGUUCUGCAUAUAAUUGGGUAGAUUGGCUCUGCUCUCUGUUCUGUUAGGGAACCAGCCUCCCUAGUCCAGGCCUGUAGCUUGCCUGUCCAUUCAUGCAAAGGCAGGAGGGAGGAAACUGAGGCCCCAGCUUGCAAAAGUGAUUCUGUGGCCUAAGUGUAUGCUAGGAGUAUAGUUCUAAGGUUCGUGUAUCCCGGCCUUGUUUCUGUGGUCCUACACAGAAGUGAUAUGCUCUCUCCUUCCUCUCAUUUGUUCCUGUUAUUUUAGUUAUCUUUCCUCACCUCUUGACUUAAGGGGUCAGUGCUGGGUUCUGAAGUGGGUCUUGCCAAGAGUUCUAGGGUGGGUCUCAACUCUUUAAAAAGAGAACAAUAUCUUAGAUCCUUGGACUUGUUUUUAUCCUACCACUGCUACUUGGUGGAAGUAAGAGGACUUAUAUUCUGCUUCCUAACUGGUGGCUUCCUUAUGCUCCCUGACUUCUUGGUCCAGGCUAAUUUUCCAAGGCAUCUUGAGCAAGGCAUCAGGAGAGACCUUCAAACUGUCCCCUGUUGCCUGUCCAGCUCAGUGUGCAUCUUCCUGCCCCCCAUCUCUUUUCCUCAGUUGUCCCCCUUGCCAGGUGUCCGAGCCCCUUCUACACCAAAGCAAAAAGCGGCCUCAGGAGGGGGUAGAGAAGAUGCUCUUUGAGGAUGAGCAGCUGGACACUGAGUUUCUGGCAGUGUGCGACUGGUCAAUCAGCCUUGGAAAGAGACUAUCUUGAAGGUUUGAAAAACAACCAAAGAAAGGGAGUGAGCACCAUGGCCUUGUGCCUCUGCUUGCCCAGUGUUGCCAUCCAGGAGUAGAGUGGAGACGUGCAGCCUUCUUGUCAGCUGUGCCAGGUUGGUCCCCUUCUCUUCCAGCAACUGUCCUGGGCUUUCCCUGCUGACAGGAAGCGUCUGGGAGCUGGAUGCACAUGGACAAAGGCCUUGUCUGCCUGCCCUGACAAUCCUAUUCAGCCAAUGGGGACUCUCCCCUGGGGGCUCGGGCUGGAGACUGCCUAGCCCGACUGUAAGGGGGCUCCUGGAGGGAGAGGGCACCGCAGGCAGGUGUUUAGCUCUCCAUAGACAUUACCACCGAGGUGUGGAUAAAGCUCCCCACCUGAGUGUCAGGGAGUCCUGAGGGGCCUGGUGCAACCCUGAGCCAAGCUGAUCUGCACAUUGUCCUCUCCGGACCAGCUCUGUGACGGGGAGGAAAUUGGAUCCUGUGUUAGAGGGAGCUGGCCCCAGGCCUGGCAGGUGGGAGUGCGGGGCAUCUUUCCCUGGCCCUUCUCCAUUCUCCGUGAAGCCUGUGCUCAGGUUGCCUUGAAUGUGGAGAGAACCAGGGGCAGGUUCCGGGGUAGGCUUCUGGGUGGCACUUGGGCUGGCCUGGCCCUCUGCCAGCCAUUGGCCCUGCCCCCCAUGUCAGGGAGAAGAGGUGUGGCUCAGAGUGCUGCUGCCUUGAUACUGUUCUAAUGCACUGUAGAAACUGUAUUUAAGUCAAUGCAAAUGUAUGAAUAACAAGUCCAGUUCUGA